GGCGAACUCRAUAGAAGAAAACRGCCAUUGUAGAGUAGAACCYUYGACAACGCGAGAGCAAUAAAGAAUAAUGCGUUUUAUUAGACGACAGAUUUCACCGAUGUUUACGUUGUCUUUGGGCAUCGUAGGUGCCCUUUUGUUAGGCAUCACGACGACAACUCAUGGAUUGGGAGCAGGUUCCGGUGGGAAAGAUCCAGACCAGCGUGCGACCGUUCGACGGGAYAACCACCUAGAUCAUUGGGAUUCCGACACACUUUCAUACUACCUCGAUAACUACCCAGGAUAUGACUUAGCGGUGAUGUUCUACGCGCGAUGGGACACGAAUUCUCAGAAAUUGGCGCCCUACUGGAAUCAAAUAGCUGCAUUGCUCGACGCUGGUAGCAGUCAGUCCAAAUUGAUCAUGGUACGUARAGCGGCUAUUGGAAUGGAUACAUCCGUCGCUUUCGGCAUGAAAUUUUGAUUCGUUUCUAUACGACCCUGCCAUUUCUCACUCUGAACCUAUCGCUAACUAUCUCAACAAAAUGGAAUGGUCGAUUUCAAUAUGUAUCUUAACACAAUGUUUGCUGGAUCUAUUUUUCUACGUAUGUCAACUCUUAACACGUGCUUGCCUUUUUGAAUAAAUGGGAUACAAAUGAUAAUGCUGCUUCCAGGCUCUUUUUGAUUGCGAAUUAAAUUCGGCCCAUCUGCAAAUUUGYGAGGCAGCUGGUAUCACCCAUUACCCUUCUCUCAUGUUCAUUGGAUCGGGUCCCUUUUACGACAAAGAUCCCGUAACGAAACUUCUCUUCGGUAAGAAAAGGAGCGUUGGAAUGAUGGGAGAGUCUCCCGUGCCAAAUACGGUCAAAUUCCAGGGCAAUUGGCAAUACUACGAGUCGAUCUUGGAUUGGAUCAAAACUAUGCAAGCGUUGAGUCGAUGGCACAYCUGGUCCACAGAUGGCUUUGGACAACGGYUACGUACAUUUUUCUUGCCGAAGAGAAAAAAGAAUGUGCAGCUUCCGGUGGGAGUUCCUGGAUCUUCGUCUGGAAGUAGCAGUGGCACAGCAACAAAAGCUGCGACGAACCAAGACAUCGAAUUCCUAGAACAGAAGGUAAAAGCACACAAAACUGCUACAGAAGAUAUGACCAAGGCUGCGACACGAGCAGCWACUAUGAUGGAUUCUGUCUUGUUUGGCGAUGAAAAGUCAGGCGACAUGUUCACCUUUUUGGACGAACGCGACGCUUGGAAAGACACCAAAUCGUACAGCWCUUUGGACGACAUAUAUCGAGUGUGCACCAUGGAAGUCUCCCUUGAUUAUUGUCAACGACUAGCAGAUCCUGUGGGCACCAAGGUUGUAGACGAUUUGAUAGCAUCGGACUUGACCUCCGAUCAACUUGUGGCGGCGUCUGAAAACAUCGAGAAGUUGAUUAUGGAGGAAAUUGCGAAAGAGGAACCCUAUUGCGCUAUCCUUGACGAUUGUAUUGCAAGCCAUAUGGGAGCCGAGACCUGUCGACCAAAGGUCUGUCCCUUURAAAAUAACGCCGCAUGUUUACUGCUGACCUCCUGCAAAGACCCAUCGAUCAUCAAAGAGUAUGCCGAGGUCUUGAAAAUUGAUCUCGAAACUUCAGUAACUGGAUAAGCUGUAUAUGAGAAAACAGCGCAAUGGUCUUUACGAAAUGUGGUUGGAGAUUUUGGUAUGGGUAUCCUGCUACGCAAAUGAACAGAUUGAAUAUACUACUAUCGACCUAGAGAAGAUGGUUUUUGCAGAACACUGAACACUUUGAAACCUAUUACUGCUAUUACURUGUCGAUKAUAUCCGAACAAAACAAUUCAUAGUUG